AUGCAAGCGGUUUCCGUGUUUCCCGUGUCGCCGAGCUUCGAAUCCCACGGUUCCAUGAACGAUUUCGAAGUCGAGUACGCGCAGCUCUCUGCGAAUUUCAGCUCCAAGCUCCAAGUCGCCGGUUCCGGCGGCGAUUUCGAAUUCGUGGACGCUGAGAAGCCAGGAAUGGAAGAUAAAGAAGCUCAAAUCGUGGACGGUGGCGGCGAAUGCGAGAGCGAAAACGACGACGAUUUCUCUUUCGCCCCUACGAACGCCGACGGGUCGCCGAUUUCCGCGGAGGAUAUAUUCCAGAACGGCCACUUCCGGCCGGUAUAUCCGAUUUUCAACCGAGAUCUCCUCUUCGCCGACGCUGACGACGGCGAUGCUUCAAGAGCCGGAGCGGCUUCGUCCUCGUCUCUGCGGCCGCCAUUGAUGAAGCUCUUCUUCGAGGAACGGGACACGCCGUCGUCGUCGGCGUCCGAGUCGGACGAGCUCGAAGCAGUCCCGGAAGGAACGUACUGUGAGUGGUCCGGGAAGCCGGUGGAGCUCCGGAACAAGAGCAAUUCCACGGGGUCCUCGAAGCUGUGGAGAGUCAGGGACUUGAAGCUCCGGAGCAACAGCGACGGAAAGGACGCAUUUGUUUUCCUUAAACCUAAGUCCGCGGCGAGCCCGAAGCCGAGCCAUGAAUCGGCGGCGGAUGAGAAGAGCAGCGUUAAGAUUCAAAAGACGGUGGAGAAGUUAAAGGGGAAGGCUAAGAAAGUCGAAACGGUGUCGUCUGCGCACGAGAAGCAUUACGUGAAGAACAGAGAGAAGAAGGAGGGGGACAAACGGCGGUCGUACUUGCCGUAUCGACCGGUGGUUGGGUUCUUCACAAAUGUGAACGGAUUGAGCAGAAACGUCCAUCCGUUUUGA